UUUCACUUGGAACGCCGAGCCAUCCGCACACUCGGUCGCGCUCCCUGCUUUCACCACGCUGUCGAGCUCAAGGUAGAGCUGUUUCGACACGCCAUUCGGUUGCGAAAGUCUGCGCGAUGAUAUACAAGUGAGAGCAGACAUCCAACGUCAGGGUAACGCUCAUCGCGCACGGUGAGCCAGUUUGUUCCACGAGAGACAUUCAAAACUCGCCAUCUGUGAGGGACGGGGGGCGCGCGACGCCGUCGGGUCGCACACGCGGGAGUUACGUUUCCUACUACAACUUACUGUGAGAGUGCAACGAAAAUCAAAUUUUAAUGUGUCAAGUCAGUAUAGCUUAUUGCUGCUACGUCAGAUCGCAGAAAGCCACGAGCAAGAAUUAUAAGGUUAUGCAAAUGAGUUCGGAACGUUUUUAUACUAGAGGUAAUCAAAAGACCAUUCACAACUUCAAUAAACUUUAACGUAUGUUGUUCGAUACGUUGUUUUAGUGCUUAUCUAUAGUAUUCCUUUAUUAUCGUUCGUAAGUCUUGAUCGCUAAUUGCUAAUUACUGUGGAAGUUGAGUGAUAAGGAAUCAGUCGACUGUACGCGUUCGAAAGUGAUUCAGAGCAGUCCAGACAACCAGAGACGAUGGCGGCCACCCAGGAGGAGACUUUGCUCUCGCGCUGCGAAGUACCCAUCAUCGACCUCGCGCAUAUAGGCACUGAUACAUGUCCUAUGAAAACUGUUGUACGCCGCAUCGGUCAGCAGUUGGUUACAGCUCUUAGCACUAAAGGGCUCGCCUUGUUGGUCAACCACGGCAUCGCAGAAGAAAAAUUGAAAGCGGUGUACGCGGAUCUGGAUAACUUCUGCGCGCUUCCUGAAGGCUGCCAGUCGCAGUACCUGAGAAACCCGGACAACAAUCACGGCUACGUAAAACCCGGGAUGGAGCAGUUUGACACUACCAAGCAGGAGCUACGUCACUCGUUCAACAUUACUACGCUGUUGCCGUCCGCGAUGCCCGCGCAAGAAGAAGUCCCCGAGUUCACUCAGCACGCUUUCCCUCUGGCCCAAGAUCUUACUAACCUAUCACGCGUCCUACUUCAAGCCCUUGCUUAUGCAUUCGGUAUCCCACCCGCAACUCUUCUAGAUUGUCACUCCGGUAUGCUCAAGAGCGACGGCAACAACCCGUCUACGAUGCGUCUGUUGUACUACCCACCAGUUCCUCCUGAAGACGAAGAUCCUUGCUGCCAGGGCAAGUGCGAGAAGUACACACGCUGCGGCGCUCAUGCCGACUACGGCACAUUCACGCUGUUAACACAGGAUUCUGAAGGAGGCCUCGAGGUGAAGCUAAACGACAAGUGGCAAUCUGUGGGUCAUUUGCCCGGAGCCAUUCUCGUGCAAACUGGUGAGCUCCUGGCCGGAUGGACCACCGAUCUUCUGCCAGCUCUGAUGCAUCGUGUCGUGGUACCGUCGGACAACUACGCCCGUGCCCGCGGGCGACACUGCGUCGCUUUCUUCUGUCAUCCCGACAACGACGCGAAGUUGCCGACUCUGCCUUUAACCUGCGCCCCCAGCCCUGCACCACCAGUUCUUGCUCCCCACGUACACGUUACUCUGCCCAACCGCAUUAUGAACGCCGCGCACCACCUGCAGAAACGCUUCAGGGAGACCUACGCGUGACUAUCGCGCAGCGGUGACAAGCACGCGUCCUACGAAUUCCCUGUCGCGUCCUGAAACACCGCCCCAACAUUUCAGUCAUUGAAGCUUAUAUACGAUUGGAUCGCAUUGACAAAGAACUCUUACAAAUUUCGCCCUCUAGUGGUACGUGAAGUGCUCCAGACUAUUCGUACCUUAUUGGUGAUCACAGUGAAGACUGGUCCUAUCUUUUAUCAGUUUUGACGCCUGACUAAGUUUUAAAAUAUAAUUUGCAAUUAAAAGCACUUACAAUUGUAAAAAUAGUUGAACUGAGCUUAGGAAUUUGCGAAAAGUACACGGAAAAUUGUCAGAAGGUCAGAUGAAAAUUCCUUGGUGUCUGUGUAUUUUUGCCCAGAACUGAGAUAUUACAAUAGAAGAUUCCUAAGACAAGAGUUAUCAUUCCCAAUGGCAUUUUUAAGUUAGUGACGACC